AUGUCGGUCCUCUGGUAUGUUCUGGUUUUCGUACUCGUCAUGUGGACUGCAAUAACAACAGCAUCAGACGUUGAAGAAAGUCCUCAUUCCAAGCAUGUAGAUGACGAUGUGGUUUUAAAAGAGCUUGUGUACGAAAUGAGACAAACCUUAAAAUUCCAGGCCUCUCGUAUCGACUCUUUAGAGAAGAGACUUACAGCUUCGGAGAGGAGGGUGAAUUUACUUCUAGACGAACGACAACAUAGAGAAAUACUCUUCGAAAAAUUAACAAGCCGUCUAACUAAAUUAGAGUCCGAAUGUGAUCCUAUCAAAUCCAGGUUAAUUUUACCAAAAGAUAAUGCCACCGCUAAAAUCAGCCAGAGAGAAGGAGAAAAUGUUAAAUCACGGACAGAGCGCCUCCUUGCUGCUCCUACAUCCACAUCCCUACCUUCAUCUAUGAUUGCCUUCCACGCAUACAUGUCAAGUACAUUAAAAAGUCCCGGGGGCAAUCAAAUAUUGAAAUUUGAUGUCGUAAAGAAAAAUGCCGGAAAUGGAUAUCAUCCAGCUACUGGAGUAUUUAUUGCUCCAGAAUCGGGGCAGUUGAUAAGUAAGGAGAUCAAGCAUUUAUUCUACACAAUGUCGGUCCUCUGGUAUGUUCUGGUUUUCGUACUCGUAAUGUGGACUGCAAUAACAACAGCAUCAAGCGCUGGAGAAAGUCUUCAUUCCGAGAAUGUUGAUGAUGAUGUGGUUUUAAAAGAGCUCGUGUACGAAAUGAGACAAACCUUAAAACUCCAGGCCUCUCGUAUCGACUCUUUAGAGAAGAGACUUACAGUUUCGGAGAGGAGGGUCAAUUUACUUCUGGACGAACGACAACAUAGAGAAAUACUCUUCGAAAAAUUAACAAGCCGUCUAACGAAAUUAGAGUCCGAAUGUGAUCCUAUCAAAUCCAGGUUAAUUUUGCAACAAGAUAAUGCCAGCGCUGAAAUCAGCCAGAGAAAAAGAGGAAAUGUUAAAUCACGGCAAGAGCGCCUCCUUGCUGUUCCUACAUCCACAUCCCUACCUUCCUCUAUGAUUGCCUUCCACGCAUACAUGUCAAGUACAUUAAAAAGUCCGGGGGGAAAUCAAAUAUUGAAAUUCGAUGUCGUAAAAACAAAUGCCGGAAAUGGAUAUCAUCCGUCUACUGGGGUAUUCAUUGCUCCUGAAUCGGGGCUUUAUGUUUUUUCAUGGACAUUAAGAGUACGAAAUAAUGCCGAUCAUGCUUCGGAGCUAGUAGUAAAUAAUGACGUCUAUGAUAUUUUGUAUAUGUAUGCUCAUACACAUGACGGUCACGUGACUGGAAUAAUCGUGGCUGAUGUCCAAUCUGGAGACGAUGUUUAUGUGCGUAUAAAAGCGGCAUGUUCAAAUCACGGUGACGUAUGGAGUGAUGUUUGUGGACACUCUUCAUUUAAGGGAUGGAAAAUCUUUUAA